GGGACGGCGGCGGCCCCACGUGCGGCAGCGGCGGCAUGGCGGAGCUGGAGGAGCAGGAGGGCCAGGUCGGGGCCGUGAUCGCCGACCCCCGCGGAGUGCUGCGGCAGGGCCGCGCCUUCCUCGACUUCUUCUGGGACAUCGCCAAGCCGGAGCAGGAGGUGCGGCUGGCGGCCACCGAGAACCUCCUGCGGCACUUGAGAGAGGGCAAGAAGGACGAUGAGCUGAAGUACGCCUUGAAGCGCCUUGUGGAAGGACUGGGAGCCACCCGUGAGGCCGCCCGGCCUGGCUUCAGCUUGGCCCUGGCGCAGGUCUUGCAGGCUUUUGAGGAGAUUCCAAUCUGCAGUGUCCUGGAAGAGAUAAAAGAAAAACACAAUCUGGAAAAAGUGAAGAAGAAACUUGUGAGAAAUGCUGCUUUUGGAAACUUUUUUGGAGUUAUGGCUCUGUUUCAGUCCGGCCGACUUGUUAAGGACAAAAAAGCCCUGCUGGAGAGCAUCCAGCUCCUCCAGCAGCUGGCAAAUCACCAGGCACACCUCAGAGAUCUCCCUCGCAAAACUCUUAUUGACAUCCUGUCUGAGGUUCCUGAAACUGUGUUUCAGGAGGUCCUGUUUGGCAUCUUGCAAAGUGACCUCGCUUCAGCCUUCACGUCUCCAGAGAACCUGCACCUUUUGCUUGUGGGCAUACAGAAAUUCCCUGGUGUUAUGAAACCUAAGAAUCUGAAGAAGCUGUUUGGCUCACCCACUGUUGUAAAUAGGGAAAAUAUUCCCAGACUUGUAGAGCUUCUGCAAAGUGCUGCCAAGGCUGAGAAGAAGGACAAGAAAUUGCCCGGUGUAGGGUUUGAUUUGCUCCAAGUUUCACUGAAGGAAGAUGCCUUUGAACUGUUCUGGAAAGAAGGUGUGGAGAAUGGGUUGUUGAAGGAGAAAUCAGGACCUGUGAGUUACAUGUGCUACCGGUUGCUGGGCCGUGCUCUGCCCUUCUUGUCUCUGGAUCAGCUGCAGAUGGUUCUGAAAGGGAAGGUGAUGCAGCACUAUGGAGAACAUGUGAUAAUAUCUCAGCUUCCAGAUCGAUUUAAGUUUGCUCCGGAGAUGGAAGGCUACGUCGAUGAAUUCCUGAGCAGCUGUGAUGACCUGGAGAGGCAGCUGGCAGUGAUCAUUGGCUUUUCUACUCUCACCAAUCAAGGCUACCCAGUGUUUUCCAGCUCUUCCAGAGUAAUCAAACACCUGCAGCCAGCAGCAUUGCAAAAAUACGUUGACUGGCUCAAAGAUAUGUUCCUCAGGCCAGACCUUGACUGUUGCUUGGACUUCUCAAGUAACCGGCAAAAACAGAACCAGCAAAGUGGAAACCUAGCACAGCGCAAGAUUGGUAGAUUGAGGAAAUGGAUCAUCCAGCGACUCGUUAACGUCGUGGAAUGUCCAACACAAAAAGAAGAGAGCCUUGUGAUGGACAUUUCCAGGUUUUGCUUCUUCCAUGCUUUCUUUAAGGCUAAGAAAAAAACUUCCCAGAUAUGUGAGGCAAAUGUUCUUCUAUCUGAGCCCCUGGAUGAACAGACUUAUUCAGCCAUAGAGAACUACUUCUUUGGAUUACUUCAGUCUUUAAACACCUUGACUGUUUUGGGGGAUACACCAAAGGCUGCAGCCCUGAGGGAGAAGCACAUCCAUGGAGUGACUGCAGAUGGGAAGCUGUGGAUCCUUCUCCUUGUUGAGUAUGCCAACAAGCUUCUCACCAGCGAACAUAUCAAACCUCUGCAGCCUUUUACCAAGGAACAGAAGGAUGUCUGGGAGAGAACGCUUCAGUCUGUGAGGAACCUGCAAAAGAAGGAGAAUAAAUCAGACAAUGCCAAAGUUGUUACUUUCCAGCAGCUUCUGCUUUUAAUGGCCAUUUAUCUUUUCAAGAACCAGUCUGAAACAGUAGAUGUGCUGAGUGACCUCCUGGACUGCACAGAGAGGGCAUUCAGCAAAGAACCUAAGAAGAAGAAAACUGAAAAUGCAGAGCCAGGAUGGGUUGAGGUGAUGGUGGAAAUCCUCCUCUCUCUCCUUGCCCAGCCCAGCCUGCUCAUACGGCGGAUUUCCAAGAGCAUGUUUGCACAAAUCUGCCCUAACCUGACCAAGAGGGGGCUGCAGCUGAUCCUGGAUGUCCUUGAUCCAGAGCAAGAGCAAGAUGAAGAAAGUGCUGUUGUUGUGAUGGAAGAAUCAAAAAAGAAGAUGAAAUCUGCCCAGGACAUGGACGAGGAUGGAAGCGAGGACUCUUCAGAAGAAAGUGACACUGAGGAGGAGAAUGACAGUGAAGAGGAGGAAAAGAACGAAGAAGUUGAUGAUAAUUUUCGCAGUCAGCUGAUGAAUGUUCUCCAGGCAGGCAAUGCAAUGGGAGGAGAUGAGAGUGAUGAAGAGCUGGAUGACGAGGCUAUGAUGGCUCUUGACAAGAACAUCUCAGCCCUUUUUGCAGAGCAGCAGAAGCGGAUCCAGGCGAAGAAGGAUGAGAAAGAGAAGAUGCGGAAAGAGAAGAUCCUGCGGAGGGAUUUCAAGAUCAAGGUGCUGGAUCUGAUCGAAGUGUUUCUGGCUAAGCAGUCAGAGAACCCUUUGGUGUUUGAUGUCAUUGAGCCCCUGCUUCGGGUGAUUGAACAUUGCAUGACCUCAGACUCUGACAAGCAGGAGGUUGACUUCCUUCAGAAAACAGCCAACAUCUUCAUGAACUCCUUGUGCCGACCUAAGCAGUACUGCAGGAAAGUGGAUGCCCUGCAAGAAGAUCUGCAUGCCUUUGUGGAGAGGCUUGUGGAGAAAGCCUGGAAGCUCACUGACACCUCAGUGGCUCUCUAUUAUUUCAGUGCCUCAUUAUACCUGCUCAGAGUGUUGAAAGGGAACACAUCUGAUAAGUCAUCAUCUCCUCCCCCUCUGCCGGGGAAACAGAACAACUCCAUCCCUCAGGCUUGCCAGCUCCUGAGCACAGGGUGUUUGAAUAUGGAGAGGGUGACUGCGAUAUACCAGCGGGCACUGACACACUUCUUCACCAAGCGCAAGAGUGCCCUCACAGGGGCCAUGUUCCAUGAUCUCUUCAGGCGCUUCCCGAUCAUGUGUAAGCCAUUAGUAGAUACUCUUGUCAAGUCUAUCACAGCGGCAACCAGGCAACAUCAGCAGGCCCAGGCCUGUUUGCUUCUCCAGAAGGUUCUGCAACUCCGUGAACUGAAGCUCUUUGUGACAGAAGAGGAGUGGGAGGAAUUGAUCAGAGAAAGCAUCAGACAGGUGACACAGAGUUUGAAAAUGGUUGACAAGUGUGCCCUGAAAGCUGAGAAAGAGAAAGUUGCCAACUGCUUGGAGCUGUUGAACUUCCUCCUCAAAACUGUGACGGAGCAGAAGCUGCGAGUGAAGUUGGCAGAGCUGGACAAAGUGCUGGUGGCUCUGAACCAGGCAGAGGGCAUCGGGAGCUCGGCACGUCUCGACUCUCUCUACUGGAACGUGAUGCGCUGGCUGAAUUACACGAAGCCCAAGAAAGAGAAGACAGCCAGCAAGGCUGUGCAGGAAGGGGAGUCGCUGAAGCGGAAGAAGAAAGGCUUCCUACCAGAGACCAAGAAACGCAAGAAUCGCAAGAAGGCCCCCCAGGAGAAUGGGGUAGCAGCAGCUGCUCGUGAAGAUGGAGAACCAGCAGCCCUACAAGAGCAGCCCCUGCCAGCAGAAACCCCCAAGCAGAAGAAGGGCCUCGUGCCUGGUGGUGGCAAACACAAGAAGCAGAACAGAGGGGUCAAGGAGAAUGGAGUGGCAACGCCGGGCAGUGGGGAGGAAGUUGUUAAUGGAGGAGAUGCUGUGACUGACAAGAAGAAGAAGAAGAAGAAAAAGAAGAAGAUGAACAGAAAAAGAAAAGGGGAUGCAGACAAUGAAGCUGAGCAAGUUCCAGCUGCAAAGAAAACCAAGGGGAGUGUCAGCCAGGAAACCCAGCAGAAGCAAGGCAAAGCCAAGAAGAAAAGACGAGAGAAAAGCCCUGCAGUGGCACAAGGUUAAGCUCCGUGGACUCACCUAGGCCUGCCAUGGCUCAGGGGACUCUUUCAGUAUUUUUUAUAACUACAGUUUUUAUGUUCCCCAUGACUUUAAAUAAACCUUCCAUGAUGCUGAGCUCUCCCAA